UGCCGCCGGACUGUGUCUGUAGAACACCGAAAUGCGUCACUCUGCGUCACUUCCUCCCCACGUGAAACGCUUGUACAUGUGAGGAGAGCUCACUGCGACGAAUUCCUUCAUAUUUACCAACCAUUAGGUCUCAUAACCUCAUCUCAUGAUCAUCGAUAGCAGAAGUAUGGAUUCCGCAGAGGAAGAAGAGCAGCUCGGGCAGGAGUCAGAGGAGGAAGAGGAUGAAGAGCAGCUCGGACAGGAGUCAGAGGAUGAAGACAGUGAAUUAUCCGACAAUGAGCUCCAAGAAGCAUUUGCAAAGGGUUUGUUGAAACCUGGGAUGAACGUGCUGGUGGAUAAACCUAAAAAGUGUUCCAACAAUGUGGAGGGUUUGAAACAGUGCCUUGCUGAUUUCCGUAAAGACCUCCCCUGGGUGGAGAGGUUGGAUCUGACAAACCCGCCCGCUGAAGACGUUCUCGCAAAAGCUGAAGGCAAAGUUCCAAAUCCAACCAACGGAGCUGUGGAUGCUGACGAUGACUUCCAGAGGGAGAUGUUCUUCUACCGUCAGGCUCAGGCUACAGUCAUGGAGGCUCUGCCCCUCUUGAAAAAUCACGGCAUUUAUACCAAGAGGCCCGAUGACUACUUCGCAGAGAUGGCAAAAUCAGACCAGCACAUGCAGAAGAUCAGGAAGAAGCUGAUCUCAAAGCAGAUGAUAAUAGAGAAAUCAGAGAAAGCCAAGAAACUGCGAGAGCAGAGGAAGUUCGGCAAAAAGGUCCAAAUAGAAGUGAUCCAGAAGAGGCAGAAGGAGAAGAAAGCAAUGAUGACUGCAGUGAAGAAGUAUCAGAAAGGAAUGACAGACAAACUGGAUUUCUUAGAAGGGGACAAGAAGUCUGGUAAAGACUCUGCACAAGGACCCAAGAAAGCAGCCGCCAAGAAGGGUCCCAAUGCUAAGAGAAAAUAUAAAGACCAGAAGUUUGGCUUUGGAGGAAAGAAGAGCGGAAAGAAGUGGAACACCAAAGAGAGCUUCAAUGAUGUCUCCAGUUUCCGUGCUAAAGUGGCCAACGCAAAAGGCGGCAAAGGAGGGAAGAAAGGCAAAGGAGGGAAACAAAAUAAACGUCCAGGCAAGUCAGUCCGCAGGAAAACUAAAGGUCGCUCUUAAGAUACAUGGACAUUGGCUGAUCAAUAAGCCAGACUGAACUCUGAGUUUCAGGCAGGAUUUACCACACAUGCACCUCCGUCUCUCCUCUGAGUAUAACAGGAGACACGUAGGAGAACGUGGACUUUCUUUUUUACAACUUUUAUUCAAUAUGGCCUUUGUAAAAUACGUCUGGACAGAUGUAGACGACCCAGAGGGAGAGCUGUGCUGCUAUUUUGCUGCACAGCUGUUUGAAGGACAGGACCAAUGAGGUCGUCCCCUCUUACAGAAACCGUCAACCAAGAUGGACUAAAGAGAACUGCUCAAACCAUGACGGGAGUAUUUCAAUAUUAAGAAUUAACACAGACUUCAUGUUCUCUCUCUAUUUUUGAUGAUCCACUUUCUGUGAUUCCCUGAGUAUCUUCAUCAACCCUCUUCUUCUUCUCCGCUGUGUUGUGUGCCCUUCAGAGUUUGUUGUUUUCCGUUUUAUUUUUUACAAACUCAGCUCCUUGACUCAUCGAUUCUCCCCCAUGUGACAUGACAUUUUAUAAUAUUGAGCAGCUGCUACUUUUGCCCUUUCCCCUGUUCAUUAAUAUGAUUAGAAUGUGAUGGGCAAGUCUGCUUUGUAUAGACCUGUGCAAAUGUUUGCCCUGCAAGUUCUUUUUCUGUGUUUGCUCAGAUGGAGAUUCUUCAGGGCAACUUCUGCCGGUGAUGUCGGUAUGUUUGAUAAAUACAAAUCUGUGUCAGCAGAAAUGGAUUCACCUGUGGCUUGAUGAGCUCUGGUAAAAAAAUAAAAAACUUUAAAAAUUA